GUAGUCCUGUGGCACGGUUUCAACUUCUGUCCUUAAUGGCCUUAUACUUACAUUACUUUAUCAACACAGUUAUACUUUCACUCAAGUAAAAAUCUGUUUCAGCUUCUAUAGAAGUCUUUUAUAUUUCCAUGCUUUCGUUCUUUUUUAAACACAGAAACAGUUUUGUUUACCUGUUUGUAGCUACAGUGACGCGCCACCAUCAGCGUCAGCCUGAAGAAGCCGGCAGCCGUCGGCGAAACUGUAGCUACAAACAGGUAAACAAAACUGUUUCUGUGUUUAAAAAAGAACGAAAGCAUGGAUUUAGAAAGACACAGCAAGAACACACCUAAGAUCUUUUAUAUUUGUUUCUACCUGAGUAAUGUGGAUACUCAGGACACAUCUACCAGUUGAUCCAUCCCCGUAUCCAUGCCUCUGUCCCCCCCGCUUCCUUCUUCCCCAGUUCCUCUGAGAGUUGGAGCUUUGUAGAACUAAAUUUAAUUUGAAUGUGUUUCCUUUUCAGAAGGCACAUGACAAUCCCAUGAUCUGAGUUUUAGUUUGUUUCUGAGUCUCUGGACAUAUUAGCAGGCUGAACUCCACACUUGUCGUGUUGUGCACUUUGGAGCAGAAUGCAUGUUCUCCAUUGGGUUUUCCUGGGUCUCCUGGCAGUCGGAUCACAUGAGUUCUGCUGUGCUGGACCGCUCCAUGCACAGUGUAAAGUGGAAUGGUACUUUGGGAUUCCCUGUCAGCUGGUUUCAGAGGCCCUGGUGUCCCAAAUUAAGGAAUGGAGGACCCUGUCUAGCUGCACAACAGGGGGACAGAGGUGUCUGUACAAGCUGCAGUCGGCCUCAGUCCACUUCAUAGCUGCCAAACACAAGAGUCCUGUUCAGGGAUACGAGGAUGUCAUCACUCUCCGAUUGGUGUCCCGUAACUUCUUCUCCUGCUGCCACGUUUCGGCUAUGUCUGUCUCUGAGUCCUGGUUCGUGAUUAGAGACCAUGGCACCAACUACUGCAACCUUUACAACUUGAUGGAAGGAAGUGGCCUAACUCAGGUCAGAGGUUAUGAAGAGGUCACCAGUGAGUUCCUGUGUACUCAGCGCUCCACGGCUAACUGCUCUGUCUUCUGAAUCUCCACAAACGGAACAAGAAGAAUGGAAUAGGAUUUGUCUUUUCCUUCAUAAACUAAAACACGUUCGAUUACAUGUUCAAAGUCAGACCUUCUCUUAGUUUUUCGGAUGUGAAUAUGUGCAGUUUUGGGUUAAACAUUUAGUCUUGAACAGUUGUUAAAGGCAUGAACGAUGAGGAAGUUAUAAGUGACAAUUUUAGCCAAACUUCUAAUCAAACUAUUCAGCAAAUAACCCUAAAUGCUGUUUUGCAAAAUCUAAACGCUGACAAGAGACGUGGUUCAGAAAGGUCUUGCCUGGGAGGAAGGAUCAAUGUGAGCUGACAUAAACGUUCAUUCGCAUUUAGAUGAAUGUGUUCGUCACUAAUGAGGCUGAAGAUGGACAGCCUGAUUGAUAAACUAUUGCUUUUCCAGCACUUGUGAGAACUGCUUACACAGCAAAAACACAGGAGAAAGUGAACCGCUCCAGACACUCGAAUCUGUUCAGACGAUCAUGAGGACCAUGUUAAUGAUAACAAUACCAGUAAUUAUGACACAUUUGUUGAAACAGUAAAGGGUUAGUGUAUUUGUUUUGUGUAGAGUGCCUCUGUCGUCCGUGAGGGGACUAUUCAGGUGAGAAGCUUUGGGGCAUGGUGUGAGAGUGUGCGAAUGUCCCACGCUCAAUGGAAGAACCAGGGGAAACCCUGGAUGUGUACUCACCAAGCAAAUACUUUUCAGAUGGUCACAUUCAAUGCUUUUCCUCCCAGCCGUAAACAUGUUCUCCUUUCCGUAUCUUUUUUGCCCCACUUCGUUUAAUAUAUCAUGAUUUAAAACAUAUAGAAACAGAUAAAAUGAUGUUAUGAGCUUAACAAAAAUCCACUAUUAUGAUUUGAAGUUAAUCAAGCAGCAAAAUUAUGCUUCAUUCUUGUGGAGAACCAUUAAUUGUAUUCUUAAUUAAAAAAAACUCCUAAAAAGCA